UAAAUAAAAAAUGUAAGAUGUUCGACGCCAUUGACAACAAUAGCCAGACAUCUGAGGACAACAUUUUUAAAAGAGCAUUUCUUUGGUGCGUGUACAAGUUAUUAUAUUUCACUCGUUACAUCAAGCGUGUAAUUGCACCAACUGAUUUCGAUAUUGGUGUUGAUGACUCAAAAUCUACGGUCGUAGAAUCAUCAGACAACAUGGUCUAUAUACAAAGUUUAUCAACACAAAUACGUGUAUUAACAUUAAAUGAUGGCGAACAUCAAGAUUCAACAUUAUAUCGUUUGGAGAAAAAUUAUAUAUUACAAUUUCGUUUAGGUCCCAGUUUAUUGGGUAAACGUGUCACAAUUUAUUGUAAUUAUCCAAGUACCGAUUUAGCAUAUCAAUUUGAUCAGACAAAUGAUAAGGGUGAACCGGUAUUUGUACGUAAUCAAUAUCUUGCAUUACCUUGGCAUCGUGAUGAGGAUACUAAAUACACUGACGAAACAUCUUCGUAUUGUGAAAUUGAAGUACAAAUUCCUGGCAGUUUUCAUUACUACUUUAUCUAUGAUUCAGCGGAAGGAAAAGGUCCACAAGGAUCAGGAUUCUUUAUUGUAGAUCCGGAAUUACGUGUAGGUCCUGGACGUGGAGAACGAUUGCCUUUGGAUUGUGUUCAGUGUCAAACAGUUAUAUCCAAACAAUUGGGUCCUUUAUCAACAUGGGAAUCAAAAUUACGUGUUUCUCUAGAAUCUGGUUACAAUGCAAUUCAUUUUACUCCAGUAACAGCCUUAGGAGCAUCAAAUUCAGCAUACAGUUUAUGCGAUCAAAUGAAACUAAAUCCAAUAUUUAACGAAGGCUCACAACAGGUGACAUUUAACGAUGUCGAUCAUAUUAUAUCAAAAAUGCGUAUCGAUUGGAAAAUGAUAUCGAUUUGUGAUAUUGUUCUAAAUCAUACCGCAAAUGAAACUGAAUGGUUACAUAAACAUCCUGAAUGUACAUACAAUUGUCUUAAUUGUCCACAUUUAAGACCUGCAUGUCUUCUGGAUGCUGCCCUUUAUCGACUUACUUUAGAUAUACAACAAGGUGUUUGGGAAUUAAAAGGGAUACCACGCCAAGUUACUUCUGAAGAUCACUUAAAUGCAAUAAGGCAUGUUUUAUACACUGAAUACUUGCCAAAAAUAAAUAUUCCUGAAUUAUAUUUGUGCCAUGUAGGAAAUUACGUUACGGAAUUCCUUAAUAUUGCCAGAAAUCGUGUACCACCAAUUGCAAGUAAUUUAGAAAGUCGUGAAGCAUUAAAAAUUACGCCUGAUCCACAAUAUCGUCGAUUAAAGGCUAAAAUUGAUAUGGAAAUUGCUUUGCGGCUAUAUAACACAUAUAGACAAGAUUGUUAUGAUGAAGAAUCCCGUUUAAAAAAAUGUGCUGAAGAAUUUAAAGCACGUUUAGAGCAAUUAAAUCAUGAAAAAUAUGAGGAAAUUCAAGGUCAUUUACAUGCAGCUGUCGAAAAUUGUUUAGCAAAUAUGCGUUAUCAACGAAUCCAAGCUGAUGGACCAAAAAUUACUGAUGUAUCUGCUAAAAAUCCACUCGUACCCAGAUAUUUCACACAGUAUGGUUCAGCGAGUACUUUACCUGAAUUAGAAAAACAAAUGUAUAGCCCCGAUGGUUGUUUCUUAAUGGCUCAUAAUGGAUGGGUAAUGGAUGCAGAUCCAUUGCAAAAUUUUGCUGCACCAGAAUCAAAUAUAUAUUUGCGACGUGAAAUUAUUGCCUGGGGUGAUAGUGUGAAAUUACGGUAUGGUGAAAAACCAGAAGAUUGUCCAUUUUUAUGGUCAUAUAUGAAAGGAUACGUCGAACAAACGGCACGUAUAUUUGAUGGUGUUCGCUUGGACAAUUGUCAUUCGACACCCUUAGCCGUGGCUGAGUAUAUGUUGGACGCAGCUCGGCGUGUUCGUCCUGAUUUAUAUGUCGUUGCAGAAUUGUUUACAAAUUCUGAUCAAAAGGAUAAUAUUUUUGUAAAUCGUUUAGGAGUAACUUCUCUAAUCAGAGAGGCAAUGUCAGCGUGGGAUUCACACGAAGAAGGUCGUUUAGUUUACCGGUAUGGUGGAGAGCCUGUUGGAGCUUUCCGUCAACCACGUGUACGACCAUUAACACCAAGUAUUGCUCACGCCAUGUUCUUAGACUUAACUCAUGAUAAUCCUUCGCCAAUUGAUAAACGAAGUGUUUUCGAUUUAUUACCAAGUACAGCUUUAGUCAAUAUGGCAGCUUGUGCUAGUGGAUCAAAUCGUGGUUACGACGAAUUAGUUCCUCAUCAUAUUCAUGUUGUGGAUGAAACUCGUGAAUAUACGGAAUGGGCAGAUGUUGAAGGAAUGGUUAUGGGUUGUCCACGAUAUGUUGGUUUUAAUUCAGGAAUUAUUGCAGCGAAAAAGGCAUUAAACGAUCUACAUUAUCGAUUAGGAAUAGAUGGUUUCAAUCAGGUAUUUGUAGAUCAAAUGGAUGGAGAUGUGGUAGCAGUAACUCGACAUUGUCCCGAAACUCAUCAAUCAGUUGUAUUAGUAGCAUUUACUGCAUUUUCACAUCCACCAGAAAAUGCAGCAUACGAACAAAGAAAUAUUCGACCAUUAAGAGUUGAAGGUGUUGUUGAUGAAGUUAUACUUGAAGCAUCCUUAGCACAUGCAAAUGCUCGUUCGGGAGGAUCCCGUUAUUCGAACCCAAAAAAUUAUAAUAAAGAUAACAUUUACAUUAAUGGCUUAAAUGAAUAUGAAAUCGAAAUUCGUGAACAUUUACAAUUGCAGCAAUCAUCAAUGAUCGAAAAAGUGGAAUCAAACGAAGCGAAUAUUACACAAAUGCGGUUUAAAAAUUUCAAACCUGGAUUUAUAGUUGCAAUCAAGGUUUCGUUACAAAAUAAUGUACGACCAGCAAUUUCAAAGUUACGCCAAUACAUUACAGAAUUUAACGAUCCAACAUCGUACAGUGAAUUAAGUAAAAUUGUAUCAAAUCUAUCGUUAGCAGAUUUGAAUCGUAUCUUGUAUCGUUGCGAUCAAGAAGAGCGUGAUGACGGCAAAGGUAUUGGUGCGUACGAUAUUCCUGGACAUGGUCCACUUGUUUACUGCGGUUUACAAGGUAUUAUGUCUUUAUUGGCAAAUAUUCGUCCAAAUAAUGAUUUAGGACAUCCUUUGUGUAACAAUUUACGAGAUGGUAAUUGGCUUAUUGAAUAUAUUGCAAAUCGUUUAAGAAGUGAACAAAGUACUUCAGAAUUAGCUCAAUGGUUUGAAAAUACAAUGCGUAAUCUUAAAGAAAUUCCACGUUAUUUAAUACCUAGUUAUUUUGAUGUUAUAUUAACUGGUACUUACGUAUUGCUUGUGCAACAAUGCUAUGUUUUAAUGUCAGAUUUUAUAAAGCAAGGAUCAUUCUUUGUUCGUGCAUUGGCAUUAGGAUCUGUCCAAUGUGCAGGAAUUGUUAAAUCAGCUAAUUUACCAGCAUUAUCACCAAACUUAUCACCGCCAGCUCCACCACGUCAAAUCAAUGAUAAAGGAGAACCAGUUCAAAUGUUUGUGACCUUAUCUGCUGGUUUACCACACUUUUCGGUUGGUUAUAUGAGAAAUUGGGGUCGAGAUACAUUUAUAUCGUUACGUGGCUUAUUUAUUUUAACUGGACGUUAUCAAGAUGCUCGUUAUCAUAUUUUAGCGUACGCACAAUGUUUACGACAUGGUUUAAUUCCGAAUCUUUUAGAUAGUGGUAAAAAUGCUAGAUACAACUGUCGUGAUGCCAUCUGGUGGUGGCUUUAUUGUAUUCAAUCAUAUAUAAAAGAAGUUCCAAAUGGCAUUAAUAUUUUGAAUGAUCCUGUUUCUCGAAUAUUUCCACAAGAUGAAUCACCACCUUUUGAACCUGGUCAAGUUGAUCAACCGUUAUACGAUGUAAUUCAAGAAGCAUUAACCGUACAUUUCCAAGGGUUGUGUUUCCGGGAAAGAAAUGCUGGAAGACAAAUUGAUGCUCAUAUGGCCGACAGAGGUUUUAAUAAUCAAAUUGGUGUUCAUCCUGAUACAGGUUUUGUAUUUGGUGGAAAUGAAUCAAAUUGCGGUACUUGGAUGGACAAAAUGGGCUCAUCUGAUAAGGCAGGUAUACGUGGUAAACCUGCAACACCUCGAGACGGUUCUGCUAUAGAAUUAGUUGGAUUAUCAUAUAAUACACUUAUCUGGCUUAGCGAAAUGUCCAAAGCGGGUGAAUUCCCAUAUGGAAGUGUCCAGCGAAAACAUCGUGACGGAUCGCUGACCACAUGGACGUACAAACAAUGGGCAGAAAAAAUAGCAGCUAAUUUCGAACGCCACUUCUGGAUAAAUACGCAGCCGUCUAGCUCUGAGCCAAGACCAGAUCUGGUGCAUCGCCGUGGAAUCUAUAAGGAUACACAUGGCUCCUCACAACCAUGGAGUGAUUAUCAAUUUAGGUGCAAUUUCCCAAUUGCCAUGGUUGUGGCUCCUGAAAUGUUUAAUCCACAACAUGCAUGGAUUGCUUUAAAGAAAGCAGAGGAACUGCUUUUAGGACCUUUAGGAAUGAAAACAUUAGAUCCAAAAGAUUGGGCUUAUAAUGGAAACUAUGAUAAUACAAAUGAUUCCGACGAUCCCAAAGUAGCUCAUGGUUUUAACUAUCAUCAAGGACCGGAAUGGGUAUGGCCUCUUGGUUGGUUCUUGAGAGCUAAAUUAUAUUUCUCGCAAGAAAAUGGUGAAUUAAUAAAAACAAUAAAUUUCACAAGAGCAGUACUAUCAAAACAUCUCCAAGAACUUCAAACAUCACCAUGGAGAGGUUUGCCAGAAUUAACAAAUAAAGAUGGCGCUUAUUGUGCGGGUAGUUCACGAACUCAAGCAUGGAGUAAUGCGUGUAUACUGGAGGUAUUGUACGAUUUACAACAACUGGAAGAAAAGGAACCUAUUGUGCUAACAUCAGCAGACUACUGA